CAAAGAGUGUACCAGUGAAAUUUGAGUGGUGUAAUGUUUGGGGUAAGAUAAGUAUCUAUCCAUCACAUUUAAUGUCCAGAUGGAUACAUUCAUACUACAUCCAUUAGAGUUAAUAGCAACAGGCAAAGAAUAAGCCUAACAUGUAAGGCAGACUUCUAAAAAUUUGAAAAUUUAAUCCCCUAUUGCCUCUACGCUGUAGAUAUUCAGACUGGACUGAAAGCCCUGAUCCCGCAGUACAAGGCAUACAGGCAGACCUCUGUAUCUAUGUGGAAAACUCAUUGUCUUCAGCAGGGCUAUAGGUAGACACAGUGGUCCAUCUGUGUGUAUCUUGUCGCAGGAUUGGGGUGCAAAUCUCAGUGAGCCCUCUCCCUCACAUGCUUGUUUUUUGUUUUGUUUUUAAUGCUCUUAGUAAUUGGGUUCACUCAACAGUCAUUUUCUAUGGUCUGUUUUUUGAGAGCAAGGAUUUAUAGGAUACAACAAUGAUGAAACUUCAAGGUUAAAACACAUGAAAUGUGUGGUUUCUUAAUGUAUUACAACUAAUUAUUUAUAAAGUAAUUGGUGUUUGACAUAGCUACAUUAAAACUGUUUACUAGUUUUUUCUCUUGUGCAUCUUAGAAGAGCACAGAUUGUAGUAGUUUGUUUUUUGAAGCCUAGUCAUUAAUUUGGUUGUCACAUCAUGGUAAAUAAGGCACUUUAAAAUAUGACUUAGGUUUUGCAAAUAUUUUUGUACCUUGAGAGAAAUGGAGUUCAAAAUAUUCUAAUAGCUAGUUUUAAUUUCUCUCAAUCUGAAUUAUGUGGUGUUGGAGAGCUUUUCUUGACAGGGCGCUAAGGAUGAAGUUUCAUCAAGAAAGAGGAUUAAUAGUCCUAUUAGAGAUUUAGGUGAUCUUUGGGGGGUAGGGAAUGUAUAUAUUUUCAAGUCAACAUCUGAGUUUUGUCUUGUACAUUUUUCUUGAAGUUUGGUUUAAGUAAGGGCAACUCUGACUUCUACACUGAUACAACAAAUUCGCCUCUGGUUGCCAAAAAGGAUGACCAGUUCCUGUGGGAUGGAAGUGGAUCAGUUGGUAAUAGCUCAUUAAGUAUUGUAGUAGGUAAUCACUAUUUAGAAAUUAGUCCUGUGUUGAGCACAGUUGCUAAACUAUUUCCACCUAUUAACCAUCCCUUUUGUGUAUUCAGAGUUAUAAAUUAAAUUGCUGGGAAGAGAGUUAAGAAAUCUGCAUAAUGUAUAGGAAUCUAAUUUUCUAGAAAAUAUCCAGUACAUGCCAAAUGAAAUGAUGUCACUCUUAAAUAUUGAAACCCGUAUAUUUUCAUUUCAUCUUAAAAUAUCAAUCAUUUAGACACAAGACGUUUUGGGGGAGAUUAACUCCUUCCAGCCAAUUCUUAACAGUGCUUGCUGUUUUAUUAAUUUGGUUGGUCAUAGUCUUUUUCCUCCUAUUACUAAGGACUUUGAGACCUACUACAUAUUGCUGAUGAAGAGCACAACUUUAUUUUUUUUAAAUCACUCAUUUUUCUUCAAACAGUGUAAAGGAAAGACUUUGAUCCUUUAGGGUCAAGUUUCCUUUUACUUUAUACAAGUUGCAGAUUUCAGCAAUGAAUGCUUGACUGCUACUUAAUUUUAGGUGGGUUUUAUUCACUUACAGGAAGCGAAGUACAUGUACUAAGGUAAAUUCAGCUCAGAUAGCAUUUGGGUUAUUUUACUAUGUCCUGAAACAGCUUAUUUAUUUUCACGCAAGGAAGACUUAGUUGGUAGGUCAUUGUGCCAUCUGCUCAAUUAACACUUAUUUCUGGGAAGAAUCUUGUUAUCCUCAGAUGGAAGGUACCAUAUAAGUGUAAGGUAGUAAAGAUAAAGGUGAACUGAGAGUUUAAGCAUUUUACUGUUGUAUGGGGUCCGAAGUGAAUUUCUUAAACAGCUACUUUAGUAAAUUCUUGAAUUGUGAUGCCUGACCCUCUUUCGUAGAUUGGCUUCUAAGUUAUAUCCUUACAUUUGUAUGACUUUCUACUCAGGCCUAGUUGUCACAGUAUCAAUGAAUUGAUAAUUUUAGUACUGGUAGUGGAGCAAAGUAACUGACAAUGGCAACUUUUUUCAAUACCAAAUGAAUAUCUUUAGUUCUCGAUCAUUUAUACCCCGGAGACCAUAAAAUAAUUCCUCCCUUGGAGAUUAUAAAAUCUUGAACUAUAGAUAGUCAUUUCUUGCUAUUAAAGCUUACUGUUUUCCGUAGACUCUGCUGCUUUCUACUGAUGGUAAGGACAUCAUUAGUCAUUUGUGCCUGGCACCUUUAAGUGGAUUGUUAAUGAGUAACUACAGGGAAUCACUUGACUGACUUUCAAUGAGUGGGCAUACCAAUUUAAGAGUUUACUGCAAAAAUAUCUGGUUAUUCAGCUGCUGAAAAACACUCCCAUCACCAUUUUAAAGAAAACUUUCACUUGUUUCAGUCAAAUAGCUGUACAGACUCUUGUUUCCAGCGAACUUUAGACAAAUCUUACUGUGCUUCCAUAAAGAUGUUCAGUUUCAUUACUGGAUAAACUAAAGUUGGCUAUAAUCAACAGAUCUGCACUCACUACAUCUUAGAGACAUGAGCUCCUCCAGACAUUUCUGCUCUCCCUCGCCAGUUCUGUGCUGACAGAAGAAGGGAAAUUUCAGGUUGUAUUACGCAGAUACUUUCCCACUCUUUCAUCAACAUGGAAAGCUCAGAUUCUAACGAUAAAGGAAGUAUUGAUCACUCAGAAGCACAGCGCCGGAGUCAGCUGGAUCGAUUAGAACGUGAAGAAGCUUUCUAUCACUUUGUCAAUAACCUGAAUGAAGAGGACUAUAGGCUUAUGAGGGAUAACAAUUUGCUAGGAACACCAGGUGAAAUUACUGAAGAAGAAUUGAUGAGAAGGCUACAUCAAGUUAAAGAAGGUCCACCACAGCAAAAUGGUGAUGAGAACAGAGGUGCAGAAUCCACAGAAGAUGUUUCUAAUAGAGAUUCCAUAAUAGACUGGCUUAAUUCAGUACGACAGACUGGAAAUACCACACGGAGCGGGCAAAGAGGAAACCAGUCUUGGAGGGCAGUGAGCCGGACUAACCCUAACAGUGGUGAUUUCAGAUUCAGUUUGGAAAUAAAUGUCAACCGUAAUAAUGGGAACCCAAACCCAGAAGCUGAAAAUGAGCAAUCUGUAGAGCCCUCUAAUGGUGAGGAUUUGGAAAAUAGCCAAAGUGACACUGAGACUCCAAGAUCUGAAUCGCCAUCUGUAAGGCAGCCUGGCUCAGACAGAAGUACCUCUGAGGAGUUAGCAACUGAGGAAGCAUCUCCUCUCAGAGGCCAGAGAAGAGCAAGAAGCAGGAGCCCAGAACAACGAAGAACCCGGGCUAGGACUGAUAGAAGUAGGUCACCUAUUAAUCCAGCAAGUGAGACUCCUCGCAGGUCUCCUCAUAAUAUGCCAUCUCAGACACUUGAUCAUUCCCUCGUAAACGAAUCUGAGGGAAGUUCUAGAACUAGACAGCAUGUGACGUUAAGGCAACAUACGACGGGGACUGAGAUUACAAGUGAAAAUGCAGUUCUGUUUUCAACCCCUGAAACAAGACCUGCUCCUCCAGCAUUAGGUUCUUCAGAAACAAAUGGCAGCAGUGAGUCUGCAGCUCCUGGACAGAGACCACCUACUAUAGUUCUUGAUCUUCAAGUGAGAAGAGUCCGUCCAGGAGAAUAUCGGCAGAGAGACAGCAUAGCCAACCGAACCCGAUCCAGGUCCCAGACACCAAACAAUACAGUCACUUAUGAAAGUGAACGUGGAGGGCUUAGGCGUACAUUUUCACGUUCAGAACGGGCUGGAGUGAGAACUUAUGUCAGUACCAUUAGGAUUCCUAUUCGUAGAAUCAUAAACACGGGCUUUAAUGAGACAACAUCGGUUGCAAUUCAGACCAUUCUAAGGCAGAUAAUGACAGGUUUUGGAGAAUUAAACUAUUAUAUGUACAGUGAUGGUGAUGCAGAUCCUAAUGGCCCAGCCCCAAACCAAAAUGUAGAUGCUCCUGAGCUACAGAAUGGAGGUGAUAGUGGUAGUACUAGUUCACGCAAUGAAAGUACUGAAGGUAGCUCAGGGGAGGUAUAUGAAAAUAGUAAUGAAGGAGGUUCAACAUCUGCUAGGCGGGAAGGUCGGAAUACUAGGGGAUCAGUCACUUUUGAAGAAAGUGGCUCUUUACCAUUCCUUAGCCUAGCACAGUUUUUUCUACUAAAUGAGGAUGAUGAUGACCAGCCAAGAGGACUCACCAAAGAACAAAUUGACAACCUAGCAUGGAGGAAUUUUGGUGAAAGCGAUGCUCUGAAAACCUGUAGUGUCUGUAUUACAGAAUACACAGAGGGCAACAAGCUUCGUAAACUGCCUUGUUCCCAUGAGUACCAUGUCCACUGCAUUGAUCGCUGGUUAUCAGAAAAUUCCACUUGUCCUAUUUGUCGUAGAGCAGUCUUAGCGUCUGGUAACAGAGAAAGUGUUGUCUAAAUGAGAGCUGAAUUUGUGGCUGAACAGCUGGUGUAAUAGUGAUGGGCAACAAGAUCACUUUCAUUAUGACCACCUUUUGAGUGGUGCUUCAAUGUAAAGUAAUGAGUCUGGCUGCUUCGUCCCUCAUGGAAACAUUUUCUCAGAAUUAAAGCUUUUAAAAUGGGAAUCUCUUUAAAUUACAGUCUCCAAAUCUAUUCAGUUUCAGUGUCUCGAAUUUCAGACAAUUUUAUUUCCCCAAAGAUACCUAUUUGCUAUAAAUUUCUCAUUUUUUUUUAUCAUCAAGACUGUUAAGCUCCUUCCCCAUCCCCUCCCCAAUGCAUUGUGAAUCUUAAAGACCUCAGCACUCAACUCAUCCCUGUAAGGAAUUUAUCUGAGAAGUCAUCCUAGCUACAGCACAUGCUUCAUAGUGGAUUUUUAAAAGCAAACCCAGCUAUCCCACUGAAUAUGAAAUUAAUGCAACUGCACCCUUAAAUAUAAUUUUGGUUAAUUUUCAUAUUGGGUAUUCUUGGACACAUGAGUGCAGAUAACACUAAUGUUAGCCCUUUUCCCAUUGUACAGCUGUCUCCAGCCCAUCACUAUGGCACUCUGUAGAGCGAGCUGAUAGCUUAAUCGGGAUAUUUAUCUUGUGGAAAUAUAAGAAUUGCCUAUGCUUGUUUAAAUAAAAAAAUCACAAUUUUUGUUUUA